AUGAGUGAGAAAGGGGUAGAUGGAAGAGAUAAAGCAUGGAAAUUUACAAAAAAGAUGGAAGGGGAGAAAUAUUUUAGAUGUAUUUUCUGUAAUCAAGUAUGCAGUGGCACUAUUUCUAGACUUAAGCAUCAUUUAGCAGGUAUUUCGGGUGGUAUGAAAGCUUGUAAUAAAGUCCCUUCUGAUGUGAAGAAUGAGUAUCAAUUAGCUAUAAAAGACUUUAAGGAUUUGAAAUUUAAGAGAUGUGCUAUGCUCCGUGAGAUUGGGGAAGGAAUUGGUGGUGGAAGUGAUAGUAUAGAUUCUCCAUUAGAAGAAUGUGGGAGUAGUGUUGCUCAACCAAAAAUCAAAGGACCACUUGAUAGUUUUGUGUCUUCUCAACCUAGGCAAACCGUAUUGAAUGAAGCUUACAAAAAAGAGUUAAGAAAAGAUGUUUGUCGGAUGGUUGGGCGUUUUAUGUUUUCUAGAGUGCUUCCUUUUAAUACGGUUAAUGAUCCAUUUUGGUUAGCUAUGGUAGAGGGAAUUGCCAAGUAUGGUGUAGGGUUCAAGCCUCCUUCUAUGCAUGAAUUAAGGACUUGGAUUCUUAGGGAAGAAGUUGAAGAUAUUGAUAAGUAUUUGUUAGAGCAUAAGAAAGCUUGGGAGAAGUAUGGGUGUUCUAUCAUGUCGGAUGGUUGGACCGAUGGAAAAGGUAGAGUACUUCUUAAUUUUCUUGUGAAUAGCCCGGCGGGUACUUUCUUUUUGAAGUCCAUUGAUGCAUCCGGUAGUGUAAAAAAUGGUAGUUUAAUGCUAAAGUAUUUAGAUGAAGUGGUUAGAGAAGUUGGGGAAGAUAAUGUAGUUCAAAUAAUCACCGAUAAUGCAUCAAAUUAUAAAAAUGCGGGCCUUAGACUUAUGCAAAGGAGGUUGAAGUUGUGGUGGACUCCAUGUGCAUCACAUUGUAUUGAUCUUAUGCUUGAAGAUAUUAGCAAGCUAAUCAUCUUUGAGAAGACCAUUGCAAGUGCUAAGAAAGUGGUGAAGUUUCUCUAUGGUCACACUUGGGUCCUUUCUCUCAUGAGGGAAUUCACAAACAACAGUGAGAUCAUUCGUCCGGCGGUAACUCGCUUUGCAACUUCCUUUCUCACCCUUCAAAGUAUCUAUAACCAAAAACAACCUCUUCAAAUGAUGUUUAACAGCAAGAAGUGGAUUGAUGGUCCUUUUGUAAAAAGUCAUGAAGGCAUAGGGGCUCGUGCAAUUGUUCUAUUUCAAAAGAAUUUUUGGAGUGAUGUUGCAUUUUGUGUGAAGGGUGUGAUGCCAUUAGUGUGUGUUUUGAGGGAGGUUGAUUCGGAGGUAAGACCUGCUAUGGGCUACAUAUAUGAAUUAAUGGAUGCCGCAAAGGAGAAGAUUGCAUUUGGAUUGAAGAAGAACCCUAGACAUUAUCAACCAAUUUGGAACAAAAUUGAUGCAAGGUGGACUCCUCAACUACAUCAACCUUUGCAUGCUGCCGGAUAUUUUCUAAACCCUCAACUACAUUAUGAAGACAACUUCUCAACUGUUUUAGAAGUCAAGAAAGGAUUGCAUGAAUGCAUGGAUAGAAUGAUGUCAUUUGAGGAUCGGCUAAAGGCUGAUAUCCAAUUGGAGAUGUUUGAUAAAUGCCUUGGAGAGUUUGGAAGUAAGAUAGCAAUACAUUCCAGGAAGCUAAGAAGUCCAGCGAGUUGGUGGGAGCGUUUUGGAGAGGAAACACCUGAGUUGACAAAGUUUGCUAUCCGUGUACUUAGCCUAACAUGUAGUGCCUCUGGAUGCGAGAGGAAUUGGAGUACCUUUGAGUCGAUUCACACUAAGAAAAGGAACCGACUUGAGCACAAAAGAUUAAAUGCAUUGGUUUAUGUCAAGUACAACUCUUUACUAAGGGAAAGAAACAUUAGAAGACGAGUGAAGAAGCUUGAUCCCAUUUUAGUGGAAGAAAUCGAUUCCGAUGAUGAAUGGAUAUCAGAGGUGGAAGAUCCUAUAUUGCCAAAUGAUCUCUCUUGGCUUGAAGAAGGUGUGUUUGAGGUGGAAGCUAUAAGGAAUGUACCGAUUGAAUGUUAUGAACAAAAUUUGUCAACUAGAGUUCCUAUAUGUGUAGAGCCACUAGAUGAGCCAACAAUAGAUGAUGUUCCUUUGUCGGAUGAUGACAUGAGAUUUGAUGAGCCCUCUUACGCACAUUCUUCUAAAAGGAAGAAUGUUGAAAGCUCAAGUAAGUACUUUCUUAUUCAUCCUCAUGGACUGUCAGCUUUUGCACGCAGUGGUGGUGGUGGGAUUGUGCGGUCGGAUGUGCUGGCGUAUACCAUACAGCGGCGUGGAAUGGGUGCGCAACAGACGACGUUUGGGUGUGGGAUGCCAAUCGUGUUCCCGGAUUUCGUAGCAAGGAUUAAAGAGGAUGGCGAGUGUGGGCAUCUUAUCUCUGGUGUCUCUCGGUAUCAGGGAUUCAGGCGCUCAUGGUUUGGGAUUGCGGUGGAGGAGGACGGGUGCUGCGAGAUCUAUGAUAACGGCUUUUGUUUGGCAACAAUUCGGGUACACGUCCCCCAUUGUAGUCAACAAUUUCAUUAA